AUGUCUGCCUUGAAGUUUGUCGUCCCAGAGAUGCUCGACAUGCAGCACGUUGUCGAAGAGAUAUUUGGGUUUACUCCAUGCAAAUGGCAGCUUCAAUCUGCACAGGAGCAACUGAAAAGAAAUGAUGUUUUUACUAUUUCUUCCACUGGAUCUGGCAAAACUUUGUGUUUCUGGAUUCCAUUGCUCUUCAACGACAAUGGAGUUAUGAUUCUUAUUACUCCAUUGAACAUCCUUGGCGACAAGAAUGUAGAUGAAACACGAGUAGCUAACAUCCCAGCUAUUACCCUAAAUGCCACAACAGCAACAGACGAGGCUUACAAGGACAUUGCAAAUUUCAAAUAUCGUGCAAUCAUCAUCAGUCCAGAACGAGCCCGGACCGACCAGCGCUUCAUUCGCCUGCUGGAUGACAAGAAGUUCGAGAAACAACUUUUCAAUGUCACUCUUGACGAGUCCCACUGUGUCUCUGAAUGGGGAGAUUUCCGGCCAGAGUAUACCGAACUUGGAUCCCUUAGAUGGCUUCUUCCACGAGAGACACCAUUCCAUUGUGCGUCUGCCACUAUGCCCCCCCACGUCAUCGACGAUGUCAUCGAGAAGCUCCACAUACGCCCUAACUUGGUCAAGGUGCAUCGAUCAAAUGACCGCCCAAAUAUUCAUUUCCGAGUCGAGAAGAUGAUGUAUCCACUCAAUUCAAUGUUCGACCUACUUCGAGUCCUGUGCUUCAAUGGAGAAGACCCUUUCUUUGUAUUUGCAAACAGUAGGAAAGAAACUGAGCAAAUUGCGGAGUUCUUGCGUUCACAAGUUGCGCAAGAAAACCAAGAUAAAAUAGUAUGGUUUCACUCGGGAAUGAGUCCUCAGUUUCGAAGAGACAUAGUAGAAAGACUUCAAAGUGGGGAUAUCUGGGGGAUAUGUUGUACUGAUGCUGCGGGAAUGGCGCAGCCCGUUUACGAGGAGACCGCAGGAGCAAAACCACGAGAUGCCAAAGGUGAGGCGCUACUGCCUGCAUAA